AUGCAUAUUCUUGUCGUCAACGAUGACGGUCCUCCGUCUAAACAAUCCUCGCCGUAUGUCCACUCUCUGGUGUCGACUCUUCAAGACGCCGGCCACUCAGUCUCAGUGGUUCUCCCACAUGUCCAGCGGUCAUGGAUUGGAAAGGCUCAUAUUGUUGGCCAAACUUUGACCCCAAGCUACUUUCGGCCCGGUACUCUCCUGAUGGACGGUGGCGUCACAUGUGAUCGUCCAUUCAACGAUGGAAGAGAGGAAUGGAUCCUGAUCGAUGGGACACCCGCCAGCUGUGUGCAGAUAGGCCUGCAUCAUGUAUUCAAAGACAGAAGCCCGAUUGACCUUGUCAUCAGUGGCCCCAAUUAUGGUCGCAACACGACAGCCGUGUUUGCUCUCUCGAGUGGUACCAUUGGUGGCGCUAUGGAAGGCGCCAUGAGUGGCAAGCGAAGCAUUGCAUUGUCAUAUGCGUUCGACUCUCGAGAGCACGACCCCGAAAUCAUAUCGGCCGCUUCUCGGCUGAGCACCAAACUUGUCGAGAAGUUGAUGAGAGAAUGGCCGGAUGACGUCCACCUCUACAGCAUCAAUGUUCCUGUACGAAAAGGCGUCGAAAAUACGAAGAUUGUGUAUACGGAGAUGAUCCAAAACAAAUGGCUCAGCGGUAGCUCCUUUGAAGAGUUACCCGAAGAGGCAGAAGAGAACGAUCCGAACUUGGAAGAGCAAAUCAUCCGUGAAGGCGGUGAACCGAAUGGUGGUGCCGGCAGACCGGUUCCGAAGCGAGUCCACCGCAAAUUCAAAUGGUCGCCCAAUUUUGCCGACGUUCGCAAGUCCGUCCUGGAUGCGGGCAAGGGAGACGGUUGGGAGGUGCUUCAAGGCCAUGUCACGGUCACACCAUUAGUGGCGAACUUCUGGCACCUGCCUCACUACACUGGCGAAAUCAAGCUGGAUAAAGACCGUCCAAGUACUUGGGAUAGCGAAACGGCUCAGCUCUCGGCCCCGUUGCAUGCAUUGGUCGACUACCCGGAUGCAUAUGUGCAACCUCUUGUUUUAGAUGCACUAUAUGGCCUUGAAAACACGCCGAUCAGACUUAUUUCCUCCCUCACGGACUUGCUGGAUCCGGCAGACCGAGUUUUGCAAUUCACAGCGUACGAGUCCUUAGACUUCGAGCACGUCAUGAAACACCCACACACCUCACUCGUGUGCGCUUAUGUUAUACGAAAGGCUCUCAUCCGCAAGCAUUAUCUGUCAAACACCGUGUCAAGUUGGCUGGUCAAGCAUCCUAAUAGCAUUUUAGCAAAGCAUUUCAAGCCCUGCGUACAUUUUGAGUUGGACUAUGCGGAGUUCCUAGACGAAGCCCUGGUGGACGCGUGGGAUCUGAAUGAGAGCAUGGCACAUAAUGAGCAGAAAGAAGCUCGUGAACCGAAAGAUUGGUGGAUUUUGAAACCAGGCAUGAGUGAUGGCGGCAAUGGCGUUAGACUGUUCUCUACGAUGCACGAACUUCGAAAGAUCUUCGAGGAAUGGGGCGGGGAUGCCCCCGAAUCCGAUGCAGAAGGGGAUGAAAAUGAUAUUGGCGACGCCGUUUCAGAGCACCACCAGGGUGUUCUCCCUAAUGGUGAUGCAAUGACAUCCCAACUCAGACACUUCAUUGCCCAACCAUACAUCGACCCUCCCUUGCUCCUUGAUUCAUACGGCCAUCGGAAAUUCCACAUACGCGCAUAUGUCUUGGCUGCUGGAGCCUUGAAAGUCUAUGUGUACCGAGAAAUGCUAGCCCUGUUUGCGGCAAAGAUGUACCAGUCACCAUCUAGCGCUGACGACGCUGAUAUCGUCGACUUAGCACAACAUUUGACAAACACCUGUUUUCAGGAUGAAGCGACCAAGAGCUCAUCGGUCUACCGCUUCUGGACCCUCAGUUCAACCGGAAUGCGAGCCGAUUGGAAAGAGGACAUAUUCCAGCAAAUCUGUGACGUCACUGGCGAGGUGUUCGAGGCUGCCGCUCGUGAGCAAAUGGUCCAUUUCCAAGCAUUGCCGAAUGGGUUCGAAAUCUUUGGCGUUGACUUCUUGAUCGACAAAGAUGUCAAUGUGUGGUUACUCGAACUCAAUGCCUACCCAGACUUCAAACAGACUGGCCUCGAGCUGCAGGAUGCUGUAGUCGGCGGGCUAUUCCAGGAAGUCACCAAGGUGGCCAUUGCUCCAUUCUUUGGGCAUCCUCUCCCGGAGAGCGUGCGGAUGCCGCUCGUCAGGUGUCUCAAUUUGGGACGAGGAUGA